AUGGCGACUAUAGGCCCUCGUUCAAAUGGCUCUUCUUCGAAAAGAAAAUCAAUGCGUCAAAAACAAGGUCGUCGCAAAUCCAAUUUGAUGAAAAAGGCACACGAAUAUAUGUUUAUCCUAUCGGCGGAUGCCUCGGGAUUUUGGGGAUUUCUUAGGUCGCAACUAGCCUCCUAUUAUCCGACCCCAUUUUUAAUUAUGGAUCAAGACCUGGAGAAGGCUGAAGAAGGUAUUAUAAGGAAACCAAGCGAGGCAAAUCUUCUAGCUUAA